UUCACUUCAUUAUUCCCACUACAAACAAAUUAACACAACUCAAAUCAACACAACAUAUUCAUUCCCUUCUUUGCAAAUAUCACUAACAUAAUCUCUUCAGAUCCUCAUAUAAUUACAUUGAUUCUAUUCUUUUUUAAUUCUUCCUCUAUAAAUACCCAUCAACCCAAUUUUUUCAUUCUUAUACCUAAUUUUCUUAAAAAAAAUCAUGUCCAAAAACAAAUUCACCCCAAUGGCUCCAAACUUGAAUGAAUCAUCCGCCGAUCACCAAAACGGUUCCCACUACACUUCAUCACCAUUCACUAUAGAUGAGUCAAACCUAUUAGUCAACGGCCACGUCAUCCUCUCCGAUGUCCCAAAAAACAUCACUCUUACUCCCGCCUCCGUUGCUGCCGCCACUACCACCACCCAAGGCUGCUUCCUCGGCUUUACAGCCAACGAGCCGAGAAGCCACCACGUGACAUCCCUCGGAAAACUAAAAAACACAAAAUUCAUGAGCAUUUUCAGGUUCAAGGUGUGGUGGACAACACUCUGGGUCGGUUCCAACGGCCGAGACCUUGAAACGGAAACACAGUUUUUAAUGCUGGACGAAUGGAACGAGGACACUUGUCGUCGUCCCUACGUCCUUUUCCUUCCAAUUAUCGAAGGGUCGUUCCGCGCGUCGUUGCAAGCGGGACAAGACGACAACGUGGACGUCUUGGAGGAGAAGACUCCGCCGGGGAUAGUUGACAAGUUCGGGUGGUGCACCUGGGAUGCAUUCUACCUUACGGUGCACCCUCAGGGUGUUUGGGAAGGUGUUAAGGCUCUCGUUGAAGGUGGUUGUCCACCCGGGCUUGUUCUGAUCGACGACGGGUGGCAAUCAAUCACCCACGAUUCAGACCCGAUUACUAAGGAGGGGAUGAACCAGACGGUGGCCGGAGAACAAAUGCCAUGCAGGCUCAUCAAAUAUGAAGAGAACUACAAGUUUAGGGACUAUGUAAGUAGCUCAGGUGACAAGAAAGGUUUAGGUGCCUUUGUGAAGGACCUAAAGAAAGGGUUUGAGACUGUGGAAUAUGUGUAUGUGUGGCAUGCCCUAUGUGGUUAUUGGGGUGGGAUAAGACCUCAGGUUCCGGGGAUGCCGGAAUCCACCGUGGAGCGGCCGAAGCUGUCCCCGGGGCUGGAGACUACUAUGGAGGACUUGGCCGUAGAUAAGAUUGUCAAUAAUGGUGUGGGGUUGGUACCACCACAUUUGGUGGAUGAAAUGUACGAAGGGAUUCACUCUCAUUUGGAAAAUGCUGGCAUUGAUGGGGUCAAAGUUGAUGUCAUCCAUUUGCUGGAGAUGGUGUGUGAGAAAUACGGGGGUCGUGUAGAUUUGGCAAAGGCAUAUUAUAAAGCUCUCACUGCUUCAGUCAGAAAACACUUCAAAGGAAAUGGUGUCAUUGCCAGCAUGGAGCAUUGCAAUGAUUUCAUGUUGUUAGGAACUGAAGCCAUUUCCCUUGGUCGCGUUGGUGAUGAUUUCUGGUGCACUGACCCAUAUGGUGAUCCAAAUGGUACAUUUUGGCUACAAGGUUGUCACAUGGUGCAUUGUGCAUACAACAGCAUGUGGAUGGGGAACUUCAUCCACCCAGAUUGGGACAUGUUCCAAUCUACACACCCUUGUGCUGCUUUCCAUGCAGCCUCAAGAGCCAUUUCUGGUGGUCCUAUUUACAUUAGUGACACUGUUGGCAACCACAACUUUGAACUCCUCAGGAAAUUGGUCUUGCCAGAUGGCUCCAUCCUAAGGUGUCAACACUAUGCUCUCCCAACUAGGGACUGUCUCUUUUCUGACCCACUCCAUGAUGGCAAAACUAUGCUCAAAAUAUGGAACCUCAAUAAGUACACUGGAGUUCUUGGAGCAUUUAACUGCCAAGGUGGAGGGUGGUUCCGUGAAACAAGAACAACCAAAUGUGCUUUGGAGUUUUCUCAUUUGGUAUCAACAAAAGCCAACAUCAAAGACAUUGAAUGGAAUAGUGGCAACAACCCGAUCCCCGUUGAAAAUGUUCAAACUUUUGCAAUGUACUUCAGCCAAGCCAAGAAGUUAGUCCUCUCAUCACCAAAUGAGUAUCAUGAAAUCUCAUUGGAGCCAUUCAACUUUGAGCUUGUAACCGUGUCACCAGUUAGAUCCUUGAACUGCGGUGGCAGCAACAAGGUUGUGAAUUUUGCUCCUAUUGGUCUGGUGAACAUGUUGAACAACAGUGGAGCAAUUCAAACAUUGGAGUUUGAUGAGGAGAAGAAUCUUGUUGAGGUUGGUGUUAGAGGAGCUGGGGAGAUGAGGGUCUUUUCCUCAGAGAGUCCUAGAGCUUGUAAGAUUGAUGGCAAAGAUGUCGAUUUUGAGUAUGAAGAGGGAAUGGUUGUAGUUCAAGUGCCAUGGCCAAGUUCAUCAAAAUCGUCCAUCGUUCAGUAUACAUAUUAAGCCAUCAUUAGGGAAUGACUAUCAUAUUUCUUUUACGGUUCUACUUUUCUUUUUCACAAAAACUAUUGUUCAUAGAGAAUGAUCAUGCUAAAGGGAGCUUCUUUUAUAUAUCCCUUUGUUUAGGUGUGUGAUGAUUUGAUUUCUAGACUUAUCCUCAAAGCAGAGGGAUUAUUUGAACUAAAUAUUAUUGUCAUUAUAUGAAUGCAAGUUUGUUCUUUUA